UGAAUGGACCUAGUGAGACCUUCCAGUGAGACCUUUGAGUCCUUCACGGAGGAGGAAGAAAAAGAAAAAUGUCAACUGACUGAGGGGAAACCCUCUGGCUCACUGGUCUCUUCUGAAGAAUGCUAGGCUGGGUCUAGUGCCGCUGGGAGCCAACCUGUGAGCAAGAAGCUGAUGCCAAGCUUAAAGGAUGAAGGAGGAAAAUGAACAUCCGAGCAAUUUCCACAAAUAUCCCUAGAGUCUUAAGCCUCAGGGACUGGAUUCUCACAAAGUCUGUCAGUUUCAUCAAUGCCUUAUGUGGUGCUUGAUGGAGCCUCACCAAAGAGGGCCAGGGAUGAUUCUCACCAGUCAGUAGUGGACCAUAGCAGUGUUCAUUCCAGCUAUUCCAGUGAGACUUUUGAGUCCUUCACAGAGGAGGAGGAGGAGGAGGAGGAAGAAAAAGAAAAAUGUCAACUGACUGAGGGGAAACCCUCUGGCUCCUUGGUCUCUUCUGAAGAAUGCCAGGCCGGGCCCAGUGCCCGUGGGAACCAACCUAUGAGCAAGAAGCUGAUGCCAAGCUUAAAGGAUGAAGAUGAGCCGUUGAAGCCAUUGGACUCUGCUGCUCUAGAAAGGAAAUUGAGUCAAAAGUGGAUCCAGCUUCUCAAGGGCAAAGAAAGUCACAUUGGACAGCCCCAGGCAGGCCCCGUAUCCCAAGCAGACGUCAUGGAGGCAUCACAGAGUGAAGAGGACGCUCUGCAGGCUUUUUGUGCCAGGAGGAUAAACCUGCUGCGUCAUCAGCCGAACCCUCAGGAGACAAACGGCGGCAGCCGUCAGAGGCAGCAGCAAGGCUUGGAUGCAGGGAAACGAGUGACAGAUGAAGUGAACAACUGUGUUGUUCCUCGUCAGCUGAUAAACAGAGUCUCUCAGCAAAACCUGAGGGCAACACCCAGCAAGGCAUCAGCAGUUAGAGAGCACAAGUGUUCCCAGUGCCCAGAGUGCACUAAGAAAAGAGGAGAACUGUCCCAGCUGACCUUUCUGCGCCAGAAAAAGACCUUCCUCGAGUCCGCUCUACUCAAAGAGAAGAUGGAGGAGCAUCAGCACACCAAAGAUUACACUCCCAUUGAGUGUCUGAAAGUUACACAUUAUUUGGAUUUCAGACAAAGGAACAAGGAAACAGUAGCUGACUGGCCAGCACAAAGACAGUUUCCAGAUAAGACACAUGGGUUGCUUGAGAUGUAUAGCAAACGAGGUCCCAGGCUGUGUCUGUGGGCAAGGAGGAGCAAGUACAAUCUGCCAAGAGCACUUUAUCCAGAAAGAUUGCUGCAUUAAAACAUGAAGUUCAACCUGAAGAGAAAAGGAUUACUGUUUAUGUUGCUGCUGAAAAGGCACUGAAAUGGUGUUCAGAGUGCAGAGAGAUCGCGCAUCGGUGCUGAACUUCAAGCUGACGCUCCUUUGAGGGCGAAGAGAUCAGCAUUUAUGGGGAACAACCUCCCUUCCAAAAUUGAAGAAGCCACUACUCUUGAGCACUUCUCUGUGGAAGCGUUGGAACGGUAAAAGUUGUUAGAAACAAAGUCACUGGAGUUGGCCAAGGGUGUGACUGUGUCUUCAAUGCUGUAUAACCUGCUUUGGGACUAAACAACUCUGAAUUAACGGAAGAAAACAAAUCAAGCAUUAUGGUAAUAACGUCAAGGUGCAAGCACCACAUACUCCAUGCAAAGUUUUGGAGAAUUCCACCAAAUUUAAGUGCAAACUUAAUUUCUCUCCUAAAAAUACAGGACAGCAUUCUGAAAAUAUAUUUCAUAUAGAAAAAGCUAAUUCCUCAAAAAAGAAAUGGCAAAAAAAGUGGAAAAAGUAAAAAGCAAAUGGAAAAACACAAAUAGAGACUCAAUCUGAGACUUUUUAACUUGUUGGAUAACUUACUGAUAAAGCUAUGUUCCAUUAAAUAAAAACAAAAAUAAACAAGUA